UAUCAACAAUUUUUUCAGUUUUCAGCCAAGUAAGCCAUUUUUUUCAUUCUGUUUUUCAGUUUUCUCACAUGCUCUCCUGUUAAGCUAAUGCAACCUUUUAAUUUAAAAACACAGAAAGAUUUUAUUCAACUUCUUCAAACGGGCUUGUCAUCCUUACAUGUUUAGUUAGUCGGAUUCUCUCUGCUGUUGUUGUUUUCGCGUAGAACCGGUCUGGUUAAGGUUAACUUAACUGACGUUCUAGAGGUCCGCUAGAACAAGUGCUAAAGUUAGCUAAUGUCAGCUAUCGGAGCUGACCAACAAGGGCAGAGAGAAACAGACUUUACUUUCAGUUUGCAUGCUCCAGGUAACUUUGGGAAAGCUGUUGAGAUGUAAUGUUACGGUAAAGCCAGAGGCUGACUGUGGUCAAGCCAUUGUGCACGGCAAUGGAGAGCUUGGCAGUGUUUCUGUGCUGGUGGGCGUUCUUCUCCAGCAGUUAGCGGCGGCAGACUAGAACACUUGUAAGCGUAUACUGCCUCCGUCCCGGUACCUAUGGUACUGUAGAAAAACAAGUAUCGUCACGUUUUCAGAAUUUUGGUACCGAAGUACUCUGUCUCGGAACAGGUAAUUCACUCAAUACUUCAUCUCAUGAGAGACUCACAGCUAUUCAUACUUGUCAACUCAUAGUUUUGCUAUAAAAUGCCUUACAGUGGACUAAUUCAGUUACAUUUAUGGCAAACAAACAAAAGAGCAGUUUUGAGUCUUUAUGAAGGGUAUAUUGUCUUCAAACACAGUCAUCCUUGAUUCUCAGGCUCACACCCAGCAGCUCUUGUUGCAGGGAAUUCAGCCUGCUCAGACUCACGUUGCAGAGUGAUAAAUCUGUUGCUAAUCUCUCAGGUCAGAUAGUAUACUUGGGCUGUGUGUCCCAGUCCACUUGUCCCAUGCUUAUUUACACCCCUAUUUCCGAUACACUUCCUGUUCUCAUCAGGAAAGGGAGGUGUCCCCCUCAGUCUCAUGUAAUUCAUGCAGGGACUGAAGAAGCUGCCCACUGAAAAAGGUUACAAGGCAAAGACUGUUACAAGGCUACACUGCUUGCAUUGACCUCAGAGGGGUGAAUCAGUUUUUCACUCACUCUAUAGGGAGCACUGAAUAGUAAUGGUUGUGAGGCUUGGAAAGGGAGCUAAGGAGGGGAUAUUAAGGAACAGCUCUAAUCUCCUGUGGGUGACAGACGAAGUGACAACAGGACAUGGCACAGACACAUGUCUUUGAUACCCCAGGCCCCAUGUUCAACUUCAGGGCUGGAACCUAAUCUACUGAGGCGACUUGCGGGGAAUGACCUGUCAUUCAUCCACCCUGAAGCCUUGUCUGGACUGCAUCAGCUCAAAGUCCUUAUGCUCCAGAAUAAUCAGCUGAAGACUGUGCCCAGUGCAGCCCUGAAGAACCUUCACUCUCUGCAGUCUCUUCGCCUGGAUGCGAAUCACAUUACCACAGUUCCAGACGACAGUUUUGAAGACCUUCAGCAGCUGCGUCACCUCUGGUUGGAUGACAACAACCUGACUGAGGUCCCCGUCGGUUCUCUGAGACACCAGGCCAACCUUCAGGCUCUGACGCUGGCGCUUAACCGCAUCUCGUACAUACCCGACAACGCCUUCGCAAACCUCACCAGUCUAGUUGUGCUACAUCUUCAUAACAACAGAAUUAAGGAGAUUGGAGACAAUUGUUAUUCUGGACUUCUGAACCUGGAGACACUAGAUCUUAACUUCAACAACCUGAUGGUUUUUCCCAAAGCCAUAGAGGCCCUACCCAAACUCAAGGAACUCGGGUUUCACAGCAACGAUAUUGCUUCCAUACCUGAAGGGGCCUUCCAUAACAACCCACUGCUGCGAACCAUACAUCUUUAUGACAACCCUCUGUCCUUCGUGGGCGCUUCGGCUUUUCAGAAUCUGUCUGACCUGCACUCCCUGAUGCUGCGUGGGGCCAGCAUGAUGCAGGACUUUCCCAUCCUUACAUGGACUAAUAGCCUUGAGAGUCUGACCCUUUCGGGAACCAAGAUAUCGUCCAUCCCUGCUAAUCUGUGUGAGGACCUCAAGUUGCUUCGGACGCUAGACCUGUCCUACAAUGAGAUCAAGGAGCUACCAUCCCUCCAGGGCUGCGUCCGGCUGCAGGAGAUAAGUUUUCAGCACAACCAUAUUCAACAAAUUGCCAGGGGCACUUUCCAAGGUCUCUCUGCUCUCCGUUUACUAGACCUGAGUAGAAAUGCAAUCCGAGUUAUCCACAGAGAUGCUUUCCUCUCCCUCACUGCGCUCACCAACCUAGAUUUGAGUAUGAACUCUCUCACUGUGAUUCCAACAACUGGACUGAGCGCGCUCAGUCAGUUGAAACUCUCGGGGAACCCGCAGAUGAAAAAUGUGCUGACUGCGAAAAACCUGCCCAAACUCAGGUCCAUUUCCCUCCCUUAUGCCUACCAGUGCUGUGCAUUCGUUGGCUGUGACUCAAUUACAAGUUCUUCCGAGGAAUAUGACGUAAAGAAAUCUACAGGCGGGGAGGAUGUGGAAAGAAUCUCAAUGAUUAUGCAUUGCUCUCCUUCACCAGGAGCCUUCAAGCCUUGUGAGCACUUGCUGGGUAACUGGAUGAUUCGUCUGACAGUCUGGUUCAUCUGCCUGGUGUCGCUGGUCUUUAACAGCCUGGUGCUGGUGGCCACCUUCUCCCCAACACACCGAGCCGCAGGCCAUUCCCACUCCCUCGCUCCGUCUCUCUCCCCAGCCCGGCUGCUGAUGGGGCUGCUGGCCCUGGCCAACCUGCUCACAGGCCUGUACGUCGGCGUGCUGACCGUGCUCGACGUUGCCACCUGGGGCUCGUUUGCCAAGUUUGGUGUGUGGUGGGAGAUGGGGCCUGGCUGUCAGGUCACAGGAACUCUGGCCGUCUUCUCGUCCGAGUGGGCGGUCUUGUUACUCUCGCUGGCAGCCGUGGAGCGCAGCGUGGCCGUGCGGACAAUUCUCGGAAAGGUAACUCUGUCACCCAGAAGGAACGGCGGCAGCCAUCGCAGAUGUUGGAGAGGAGAUCGACGCUUCAGCCUUGCAGCAGGACUCCUGGGGCUGCUGGCUGCUGCUGGAGCCUGCCUGCCUCUCCUGACCUCCAGUGACCAGUCCGCCUCUCCUCUCUGCCUGCCCUCCGCUGGCGGAGAGGGUCCAGCUCUGAGUGUUACAGUCGUUCUGGUGCUGCUCAACGCGCUGGCUUACCUGUUCACUGCAGCUGUUUACACCCAGCUGUACUGCCACCUAGGCAGGGUGGAGCUGGCUGACCCAGAGCAGACAGGCGCCCUGCGACACGUUGCCUGGCUCAUCUUCACCAACUGCAUCUUCUUCUGCCCCGUGGCAGCUUUCUCCUUCACCCCUCUCUUGACUGGCUCUACAGCCGGCGGCCCAGAGAUCGCCAAGUCCGUCACCCUCAUUUUCUUCCCGCUGCCUGCGUGCCUGAACCCAGUGCUGUAUGUGUUCUUCAGCCCGGCCUUCAGGGAGGACUGGCUGAGACUACGCGGCCGCGGAGGAAUGACCAGGGAGGUGAAGGCUGGCGCUGAAAGUCACGGAGAUGAUGGUGGCGGAGGGUCGGAGCUCACAGACGGCGGCUCCUCCACCCACCUGGGCUUUGACUGUGGUGUGUAUUCACAGCUUUGUGGAGAGACGGUUGUAUGCGAGCAGUGCGAGGCUGCGCUGCAUGCCAGAACCUGCUCUUCUCCCUCGUCCUCCACGGUCUGUAGACACUUGGUGAAGUCUCACAGCUGUCCCACCCUCCUGGCGGGAGCUGCAGUGUGCCAGCGCGCUGAGGGGUUUUGGGCAGACAGCGGCACACCCUCUGCUCAGUCUGAGUACGCAGACGAGGGGGACUCAUUUGUGUCAGACAGUUCAGACCAGGUUCAGGCCUGUGGCAGAGCCUGCUUCUGUCAGAGCAGAGGCCUUCCUCUGGUACACUACUCAUACAACAUACCUCGAGUCAAGGACUAAGGACGCGUCAGAGCUCCAGUACGUCUGUGGGCACAGAUCUCUCUGUCAUGUGAAUUUAGAUCCUACAAGAAUAUAUAAACAUUUUUAUAUCAAAUAACAAAAUGUGCCAAUUAAAACACUAUUCAGCAAGCACUUAUGUUUGUAAUUACUGUGUAAACAGAGAUGCAACCAAUCAUUUAAAGGGAACUUGGUAUGCUUCAUGAACUUAGAGACCAUUUCUACGUGAGCCGAACUGAGCACAUCAUGUUACAAACUAGUAGACAAAGGAUCUCGCAAAGGAAAGUCUUGCCACCAGUGCCUGCCUCUCUCUCUCUCUCUUUCGAUUGGAUCUCCUGAUGUUGCGAGCCUCAAUGUUUGUGUCAAAGGUUUUGUGAUUUAUCUGUUUUACCUGUACUUAUAAGCUUUUUCAAUUUUAAUGGCUACACAUCUUGUCAAUUUUUAAAGCUUCUCCACAGCAACUGUUGAUUUUAUACUUUGAUUUUUUUAUUAUUUUUUUUUACAUAAAUGUAGCAAAUGUAAUAAUCAUCGUAGACUUUUCUGUGUGAAUGUAACUUUUCAGGUGGUCUUCACCUACCAGAGCGGGAUAAUGUAACGUCAGCAAUAACUUCUGCCAUGCCUGCCUGUGAUCGUAAUCAGUGUGAGAAUGGUAUAAGUAAACGCCAGUCUAUAAUAAACACUUCUAUGCUUUAAGUUA